UUGACAUCACUUGACAUAAAAAUAAAAACACCUCCUAAAACUAAAAUAUGUGAAUUAAUACGAAAGUUAAAGUAACCAAAUUGAAAAAAAUGGCUCCAGCCCCAGUAGUUAAUGGAAUAUCUCCAAACGAAGGAUUCCCGGGAACAAGGGUUAUUAUUAGAGGGGAAAACUUCGGGAAAAAACCGACCGAUCUGUUUGGCCUAACAAUUUGCGGUGUAAAUUGCCUUUUAUCCGCUGAAUGGGUAUCGGAAAACAAAAUAAUAACAUUAUCAGGAGCCAUAAACGGUAAAGGUGAUGUUAUUGUUACUACUCGUUUAGGUGGUCAAGGAACUUCAGAUGUUCAAUUUAAUGGGCUGCAGUUGACUACUGUUGGGCCCAUGAAGGAAAGUGCCAUAUGGGUUGAGGAGACACCUAUUUAUACUUGGGAGAGGCCAAGUAAUUGUGGUGGUACACAAGACCCAUUGGGCUUGUUGGUUGAAGAUAAUGAUCCUACAAUAUCUAAGAGAGAGUUUGAAGAGUAUUUUCCAGGUAAAUGCGGUGAAUUUAGCAGCGAGAAUUUCUCGCCAUCGUGGUUUUUAUUGGAGAAUUAUCAGUUGACAUCCUUUGAGGAUCUUAAGGCAGGCUUACAGUUUUUGCAGAGAAGGGUUAAGGACCAGAAAAAUGAGAGAUUGUCAUUUUUGAAGAAUAAUGUGUCACCUAUUAUUGAUCAGAUUGAUACUUUGGUUAAUUUGCAACAAGCUUAUGAGCAUGAUAAAUUCAUAGAACCAAUACUAAAUUUGGAGAAAGCUAUUAAAGAUUCCGAAGAUAAAACUGUGGAAUUAUUCAACAAUGUCUUGAUUGGCUGGGGUAAGGCAGAGGAAAGUAGAAAUGCUCUAAACACACUAUCAAGAUUUAAAUUUCUAUUUUACUUGCCAGCACAAAUUGAGAAAAAUAUAAAGAAAGGGCAAUAUGAAAUCAUUAUUAAUGACUACAUUAGAGUCAAAAACCUAUUUGGAAAAACUAAUAUUUCUAUAUUUAAAAUGGCUUUAAAAGAAAUAGAGAACUGCAUUAAAAAAUUGCAAAACAAAUUGUACCUAGAUCUGCAAAAUUAUCCUAUUCAUUUAGGCAAACAAAAGCAAAUAAUUAGAUAUUUAGUUUUGUUGGAUUCACCUCAAGAUUCUGCUUGGAUUGCUAUAAAAAGUAGAUUUGUUUAUGUUAAUAAUGAAAUUACCACACUUUUUGAUCAAUAUUAUAAUUUAUCCUAUGAAGACAAUAUUGCCACAUUGUCAUUUAUAGAAGAUGUUUGCGCACAUUUAUUGGGAACUUUUCCGGAUUUGUGGAACAUGGGUCAGUCUUACUUUAAUGGUGAAUUAAAUGUAAAGCACAAGGAAGAACAGGUUUCUGAAUUCAAGCAAAUGAUCCGUAGUAUUAUAGAAAACUUCUGCAACUCGGUUUCAACAAUUUUAAUAAAUCAAGAACAUGGUAUUUCCAACAUAAAAUCUCCAGAUGGUAAUAUUGUAACUUAUGUCCCAGAUAUCCUACAGAAUAUAAGAUCUAUUUACAUGCUUUUCAUAAGGUUAAAUUUACCCAAAGAGUGCAUUGAUUUACUUUUAAACCUACUAACAAAUUUGAAAAUACACUGCAUUAAAGUAUUAUUUAAGUAUACUGUAGAACAUAUAAAAGAAAUACCUGAAACAUGGGAUAUUAAAUUUAGUGAAACAUAUUCAGGUAUUACCGAUUUCCCAUUGCAAUUCUGUAAGUUGGUACAGGAAAUAAGUGAGACUAUACGAAUUUCGAUAUUUUCUGAACAAGGUGAAAAUUCUGUAAUACAAAAUCAGACUGCCAUAGACAGUUUUAAUGAAGAAUUUGAGACAAUGUUAAGGACUUCUGAAACAGUAUUGACAGAAUUUUUGGUUGAUGAAGAUGAGGAGAAUCAGGAACAUCCACAUAAACCUUCAAUACAAAAAAGGUGUUUACUUACUUUGUCCAACUGUAUGUAUAUCAAAAAUAAUGUUCUCACAACUCUAGAAAAAGAUUUAAAUUACGGAUUUCCAGUGCCACAAGAAGCAAUAAGUAAUUCUAGAUUUGGAUUACUAGAAUUGGAACAGGGAAUUAUUAAUAAAUACAUAGAACUAAAAAGUGCUCCUAUUAUAACCAUAAUAGAAGAAUCUCUGUAUUUUGAAACCCUUAAUUGGGACACCACUAUUAAAGUAACUGAUAUUCGCCCAUACAUAGUUAAUUGUAUAAACAAUUUUGUUCAAAUACAUGCAGAAGUAAACACAGUUUCAAAGGAUCUACUUAAAACCGUUCUGCCGAAAAUAGCUGAAGUAGUAUCGAUGGAGUUAUGCAAAAUUAUUUCAAGUAUUGAGAAGUUGAAUAAUUUUGGUGCUUUGCAAACAUAUACCGAUAUUUGCUUUUUACGCAAAUUUCUAAGUGGUUUCCCACAUUCCAAAGCCGAAUUUCACCUGGAGGAAGCUUUAGAUAACAUUAUAUCACAUUUAAAUGAACCAAUAACUAUUGAUAUAGAAAACAUAUUAAAAAAGUGUCAAAAUAGAAUGCGUUUACAAUUUACCUGCAUAUCUAAUAAUUAAUAGACUUGUUAAAGUUUUAAAUUUUAUAUAUUUAUCUUACAAU